UUUCCGCAUGGCGAGGUCUUUAGGUAACUGGAUGAAGACCUCAGCAGGAUAACUGGGAGUGACUAAACACAAAUUCAUCAGUUCAUUCUGCCCAACUGCAAAGAAUCUCGGCAAAUGUUCAACCUUCGACUUCAAUGCUGCACGCCGCGUUUUCGUCUCACUGCGCCGCAAAAUGUGUUCCUUCCUGGAACGCGUGGGAUUUCGACAUAUACAUGACUCACGCCUCAGAGUCAAAGAACUCCUCGUACCACAUGUACGGAUUGAUGACCGACUAGUGACAGUCCGCUCUCACUGCAUGCAAUUAUUCACCUGGUUUCCGCGUGGUGAGAGGCCUUUUCUAUGUCAUUUGUGUGUAGGGUUCGUUUAUGGGCUUUCAGAGUGCUUCAGAGAGUUUCAAACGUGACAAAGUUCAGUCUCACAGUGGACUGUGAACUUGUUACCAGACGAUUUCAAAGCGUUUCGGUGGAUCACUGCUACGAAGUCUUUGACUCAAUAUGAUGGGAAUUAGAGAGGUCAUUGAAGACAGCUUGGUAGAGCAGCUCAGAUGCUCUGUUGUAGCUUAGACAUGUGUGGCCUUAUCUGGUUACAAGAGACCCAUAUGUCUUGAAGGACUCGCGAAGGACUCGGUUAUAGCUGCAGUUGCCUCUACGGAGGAUUGUUCGCUUCAGAUUUACUUCUUUGUCCUUAACUCUGAAAUCCGUGUCCAUGAGGCACUGGAAACGCAGAUUUACUUCUUUUUCCUUAACUGUGAAUUCUGUUUCCAUGAGGCUCUGGAAACGCCAAAAACGCAGAUCCGGUUCUCGUCGUAAAUUGACAACAAUGGAUACACGAUCUCCAGCCACGAGGGCUUUUGCACGGUUGUUUCUUUUCUUUCAUGGCAGGGCUCGUCUAUAUACUCCGGAUUUCACAUCGCCGGAUUCUGAACGGUACAUUGCACAUUGUGCUCGAAACUUCCGGGAAACUGGUUAUAAUCAGACGAGUGAUUCAGUUUACGAGCUGAGCUCUGCAUCAGAAUACCGAACCGACGUUGUGUUCUUCCAUGGUCUUCGGCCAGGGCCUGCGGGUGAACAUCUAUCGACUUGGAGAUCUAAGACAGGAGAAGUAUGGUUGAAGUGGCUUCACAAAUACAACCCUAGCUUGCGUAUACUUGCAGUCUCCUACGACGCCAGCAUGAAGAAGGAUAGCAGAAAUGGGAGAAUGGAUAUAUAUCAAGUGUCAGAGAAUUUGUUGCGCGAGCUGAUAACGCGAGGUGUUGGUCAAACUGGACCAGUCAUAUUCGUUGGUCACAGUUUUGGAGGAAUAAUUUCGAAAGAAAUUUGUCGACAAGCUCACCAAAAUAGGGACCUUGGUGAUGAUAUUCUAAAAAGAACCACGCUUCUUAAAAACCUGAGAGGCCUCUUCUGCUUCGGAGUGCCUCAUCGUGGAAGCUUAUUCACAAAUGUUGUAGAAAAACUCAACUUCGAGAAAGGAGAGUUGGUUGACUACGUGAAGGUGCUCAACAAAGACUUGGCAAGGCUUAAUGAUGUUUUUGACCGUCUUUGUACUAAGUACGAGUGGAAAGUCGCAGGCGUGGGUGAAUCGAAACCUACGAAGCUGAGAAACGGUUUUUGUGAUAUCAUAGUUGAAGAGGCAUCUGCAAGAUGUGGAGAUUUCAGCAUUUUGGAGGAAGAUCACUUUUCACUCUGUCAAUCAAAGAGUAGAGAUAGCAGCUCAUAUACGAUCUUAGUAGAAUUUUUUGAUAAGAUUCAACGCAAGGUCACGAAUAUUGCAACAAAUGAUUAAGAAGGUGAACAAAUUCAGCAACAAUUGGUGAAACAGUUAGCUUCGCAAUGUUGUGGGAUGGUAGGAGUUGUGAAAAGGAAAUUGAGCGAGAGCUUCAGUUGUUUAUGGAGAUCCAUUGAGACUUGAAAUGAGAAUAGGAUUUGAAGCUCCAAUUCUUUUUGGAAAAAUUGAUAUUUGUGUGCUUGUUAGAUAAAUAACAAGAGUGUUAUUUGACAAAGAGAAGUUAAUAAUCCUUGUGUUUACUAGAUAAA